CAGCCCCCCGACCGCCGCAGCUGCCGCCUCUCCGGCUGCAACUCCCGGCGUGCCUCGCACUCGCUGCUGUCCGCCAGCCCCUCCUUCUUCUCCUCCCAGUGCCACCGAGCCGGAGCUCCAGCCGCCGCCGCAAGCACAGCUGGGGGCACUAUGGCUUCUGGAGUUACAGUGAAUGAUGAAGUCAUCAAAGUUUUUAAUGAUAUGAAAGUAAGGAAAUCUUCCACACAAGAGGAGAUCAAAAAAAGAAAGAAAGCAGUUCUCUUCUGUUUAAGCGAUGACAAAAGACAAAUAAUUGUAGAAGAAGCAAAGCAGAUCUUGGUGGGUGACAUUGGUGAUACUGUAGAAGACCCCUACACAUCUUUUGUGAAGUUGCUACCUCUGAAUGAUUGCCGAUAUGCUUUGUACGAUGCCACAUACGAAACAAAAGAGUCUAAGAAAGAAGACCUAGUAUUUAUAUUCUGGGCCCCUGAAAGUGCACCUUUAAAAAGCAAGAUGAUCUAUGCCAGCUCUAAAGAUGCCAUUAAAAAGAAAUUUACAGGUAUUAAACAUGAGUGGCAAGUAAAUGGCUUGGAUGACAUAAAGGACCGUUCGACACUUGGAGAGAAAUUGGGAGGCAACGUAGUAGUUUCACUUGAAGGAAAACCGUUAUAAAAUGACAGUCAAGUGCCAUCCAGAUCUUAAGGAGCUUUCAUUUCUUUAGCUCAGUCAAUUGGAAUAGUAUUAGGUUUUGUUUUUGUUUUUUUCCUUUUCCCACUGGGUCUUUCCAACAUAAUGAAUGAAGGAGAUAUCAUUGAUGCAAGCAGCCUAUCAGUGAUUGCCAUUAGACUGUUUAAUACUGUUACUUUGAUGUAGAAUCCAAGGAAUGCCUUCCCAUUAUAUUUUAGCCAAAACAACUGGUUAUAUGCCUCCCUUGCAGCAGCAAGCACUACAACGAAUGUGAUUGUCAAUGUGAAUAGCUUAGAAUACUGCAAAGGGUAAGCUAAUUGAAUGCCUUGAAAGUAUUAUCCACUGGUCAGAUGGUAAACUUUAUUCAGUAUUAUUUAUAGUUGCAUUUGAUUGAAGUUCUCUGAGGCUCCAGCAUUCAUACACCUCACCUGCCUUGGCAAGCCUAUUUUGUGACAUGGCAGCACGGAUAUAACACUAUGCAUUGAAAGCACUUUUUGUAUUGAGUUUAACUCCCCACCCCAAAAGGAAUGCCAAUUAAGUUGUGUUAACUGUGUCAUCAACUUAUCCUAGUACCUCAGUGUUCAUUCUUGUUACCUGCAUACCUUCUUAAAAGAACUAGCUGUUAUUAAUGCCUUUUUGUUGUCCAUUGAGUGUACACUACUGAGUAAGUGUAGGAGUUUUAUGUUUACCAUGUAAGUCUUGCAACACUAAAGAUAUUUUAUCAGUCAUGAUGGCAAUUUCUGUAUAAAAGAGCCUUAAAUGGAACGUUUUUGAGAUCAAACUCCCCAUCCUCACAAAAUGGCCACGUUGCAAUAAAAAUUGUGGCAUAUUA